AUGAAUAACAAAGGAAACCCCAAACCCCAGUACCAAGAAGGCAAACCCCAGCCCUCAGCAGAGGCUGUGAAGACAGAGGAAGCCGGCAGGUGGACUCCAGAAGCUCUCAUAGGAGGCGAGCCUCUUCCUGUGGCGGCCGCACUCCAGCACAGCCUGCAGAGGAGCCUUCUCAUCAUCUUCUUCUUCUUCCUCUUCUCCUUCUCUCCCGUCCCCGGCGGUGUCCGGCCCGGCAGGAUGAAGUGGAGGAAGAUCGCCAUCCUCGUCACCCUGCAGGCACAGCUCCCAGCCACAGAUGCUGCAUCAGUUCUUGGCCUCACAGAUCCCAGGCUCUGCUACGUGCUGGAUGGAUUCCUCUUCAUUUAUGCAGUGAUCAUGACAGCCCUUUUUGUGAAGGCAAAGCUCAGCCAGGCCUCUGAACCACAGCUGCGACCAGGCCAGGAUGACGUGUACAAUAAGCUCUCCCGCGCGCCCAGGGACGAUUACGACGUUCUGGGAGGAAAGAGAGGAGCAGACCCCGAGCUGGGCGGGAGACACCAGCAGAGGAGAAAGAACCCUCAGGACACUGUCUACACUUCACUGCAGAAGGACAAGAUGGGUGAGGCAUACAGUGAGAUUGGAAUGAAGGGAGAGCAGCAGAGGCGUCGAGGCAAAGGGCACGAAGGUCUCUACCAGGGGCUCAGUGCAGCAACCAAGGACACUUAUGAUGCUCUCCAGAUGCAGCCUUUGCCCCCCCGCUAAAUGGUAGCCUCAGAGGGGAUGGGCAAGAGUGAGAGAUGCCCACCUACCUUGGGGAGGAGAGGGGAGAAAACCUUUUUUUUUAUCCAACACAAGCACUGUGUGUUUUCUGUGGCCAAGAAUGUCCUUGGGUUGGCGCACAGAAUCUGGACCUGGCCCUUUCCUUCUCCCUCUCCUCCUGAAUAACUGCUUCUGCUAUUAGAAUGUACAUAUCUGUAAAGUUGUUUCCAAUGAUAGUGGGUAUUAGGCUGAUUUUUUUUUUUUUGCAAGGUUUGUGUUGUGGGACCAGACCACACCUUCUAACGAACACAGCUAUUUCCAUAGCUCUUCCUUGUCUUCCAGAGUAUUAAGAAUUAGGGCUUUCUUGCAUUUAAACAACUUGCAAACAUAGGACUGUAUUUACAUUCUGUAGUAUUUAUCUUAGGACUAUUUCACCCCUUUGCUUUAAAUUUACCUUUAAAAAACUGCUUUACUGGAGGGCAACUUUUAUCUUUAAUUAUAAAGACUGACAUGAUGUUACAGUAGUGGAGAAGAGAAGCUGAAUGCCAACUUUCCAGUACGAAGAAAAUGAGCAUCAAUAUCCCAAGAAAGAUCAAGUGGCACUGCCACUCAUCCGUAAAUAUGAAGACAGGUAAGCUGAGUGAGAGACUUCUCUGAAGGCAGAAAAACAAAGCAAAAAAGAAGAUGGGAUCCCCUAUUAUCACUCCCUGACAACAAACUGUACAAAAGCCAACAUAACUGCAGUUUCCAAACCAGCCUCUCAUGAGGCUACUUCCAGAAGGUGCAGGUAUUCCAAAGAGGUACCAGCUCAAUCAUGGCAUGUGUUUUUGAUGAAUUAAUAAAACAGAGUCCUGUGUGUGGGUAGGGAGCAGCAGUGGGAAUGGCACGAGCUCCUUACCUGAGGCAUUCAGACUGAGCGAGCCUGCACCCAGCAGCACCAUCUCCCAGGGAAGCUGAAGAGGACAGGAUUCCAACAGGAGCUCCUACACACAUCCCAAAGGCUGGGAUGGGCUGUUGGGAAAAUGCCCCAAACCUGGGUAUCAAAGGGACACUCCUCCUCCUGCUGCUGCCUCAGUUUUGCCCGUACCUUGCAAGGCUGCACAGUGAAACCUGGAGGAACUCAGGACAAAUUCAGCCCAGCACAACCCAGGGGUGUUUCACCUCGAUUCAGGAGCUCACCAGGCCAUCUCACCAGUCCUCACAGAAGAAACUAAAUCAAGGCUCUGGGAACAAGAGCUGCUGAUCUUGGGCACUGCCCAAAUGAGGUUAUGUCUUCUUUCCAGGGACUGGGUGGGUUAGCAGCAGAAAAACUUGUAGAAAUGGGUGCUAUGCAAGUUCCAAGGCAGUUUUACUUCUUUAGCAGUAAAACUGUACCUGCAGUAGGUGCUUGUAGCUUUUAAAAAAUAUUUGCAAUAAAUUAAAGGAAAAAAAAAGUAAACUGAGACAUGGUAAUGAAUACUUCUUGCAAAAAAAAAAAAAUUCCUAGAUCCUUUACUGUUCUGCAGUGACAUGAAAAAUUGAGAGAAGCGGGUGAUAACUGAGACAGCUGAGCUGAAAAUUACAGUAAAGUUAUGCUGCAAAGCACUCGAUGAAGAUUGCUGAAAACAGCUUUCUCUUCUUAAACCACCAUAACUUUAUCUGCUAGAUGUAGAAGUCACAAGUUUUGGCAGCGUGAAACACCAACCACCAAACAAUAGGAAUGAAAUUCUUUGGGGGGAAAAGAAAAAAAAAUCACCUUUAUGCUCUUUAUAUAUCAAUGGAUACCUUGAUUUCAAAAAGCAUCCAACGCUGGUUAUGGGGCCACUCACUGUGGGGUUGAGCUGAGUCUCCUCUUUGCCUUCAGGAAGCCACUGAAGCUGUUUCUGCUUUUAGGAGAGGGGCUGAUAAAUACAGAAUUACAACACAAGCUUUAAGCAGAGUGCAUAAAACCCAGGCUCUCCUCCAGUUUG